CUAACCGAAAAAAUUGAUUAUAAACUAUUCAAUUCCGCGUAAUGAAGAUAAACAGAUCGGCAUUAUCAAUAUCUUAUUUAUACCAAAAGUUAUUGUUAACACAUCCAGUCGAGGUUAAGAUGUUUGUUAUACCGUUGUUAAUUUUCAGUUUUAGCCUUAAUUUUCCAUCAAUAGUAACCGCGGGUUAUUCGUAUUCGACCUGUAAUUCUUUUGAAAAAUAUAUUUUACGGAAAAGUUGUAAUAAAAAAUAUUUGGUUCCUCAAUCGGAAGUAGAAAACAGGGGCGGAGUGGCGAGUUGUAAUUAUUUCGAGAAAUACAUUUUGCGUAAAAGCGAAUGUUUUGAUUCAGAUGAAAACGGAAAAGAAGAUGGACAGUAUUAUAGCAAAUGUAACAGUUUAGAAAAACGUUUAUUAAGUAAAGAAUUUUGUAAAUAUAAUCCUGAUGAAGUGCUUGAUGUGCCUCAAAUCAUUGCUAGACAUGGAUAUUUAUCCGAAACACACACAGUCGUGACGGAAGACGGUUAUAUUUUAAAAAUCCAUAGAAUUCCGAAAAAGAAAAAUGGUCCCAGGUCUAGACAACCGGUACUUCUACAGCAUGGCAUAUUAGGAAGCAGUGCAGAUUGGAUCAUCAAUGGAAACAAUUCGUUAGCAUACCUUCUAGCUGAUCAAGGUUAUGAUGUUUGGUUAGGAAAUGCAAGAGGAAAUGAUUAUUCAAGAGGACAUGUUUCAUUACCAAUUAACACUGCACAAUACUGGAAUUUUAGUUUUCACGAAAUGGGAACGAAAGAUCUACCAACAGUUCUUUAUUAUAUAAGUAAUACAACCAAUAGUUUUGGCGAUAUUAUUUACAUUGGACAUUCAAUGGGUACGACCAUUUUUUUCGCAUUCGCUUCAGAAAAUCCAGAAGCUGCUAAGAACGUCAAAAUGAUGGCUGGAAUGGGAGCUGUGGCGUAUUUGACGCAUAUGAAGUCACCGAUAAGAUAUUUAGCGCCGUUUUCUCACGAUUUAGAGUGGCUGGAGAAAUAUUUAGGAUUUCAUCAAUUUCUACCAAAUAAUAAGAUUCUAAGACUCCUGUCGUACCAAUGCGAGCUUUUCAAUAUAGACGCGACAAUUUGCGAAAAUGUCAUAUUCUCUAUUUGCGGUUUUAACAAGGAAGAAUUUAAUACUGCGAUUCUUCCAGUUUUAUUAAGCAAAGAUCCAGCGGGCGCUUCCACGAAGUCAAUCGUACAUUACGCCCAAGAAGUUAGAAACGGUGGUGCUUUUCAGCAAUUUGAUUACGGUACUAAGGGAAAUCUUAUUAAGUACGGUACUAAAUUCCCACCUAAAUACAAUCUAAGCAACAUCAAUCCACCCGUAUUUCUCAUCUAUGGAAUGAACGAUUGGCUGGCAAAUUACACAGAUGUGAUUCGUUUGGGACGCGAACUCAAAAACUUGGUGGGUCUCUACAAGGUCCCGAUGGAUUCUUUUAAUCAUGUGGAUUAUAUUUUCGGGAAAGAUGCCGAAAAACUUGUUUAUCGACCGUUAAUGAAGGUUUUAAAGAAAUACUCUACUUUUUGAGAUUAUGUUCAGAUUACUUAAUGAUUUGUUUUCUAGUUUUAAUAGUUAUUAAUAGACAAAAAAAAAGUUUUUUAUUUUUCUAUUCCAUGUAGAUAUUUCCAGUUUUUUGAGAGCUAUAUAUUUACUCGAGAAUUAUAAGGAUUGAUU